AUGGCGCGCCGCAAGAUCCCCAUCAACGAGGGCGCGCGGCCGCGGGGCAAGGAGUACGCGAAGAUGACCCAGGGGCUCCGGAAGAAGGCGUCGGAGCUCUCCGUGCUCACCGACGCCCGCGUCGCGCUCGUCUGCGCCCCCGCCCCCGCCGCCGGAUCCCCGCUAGUGUGGGAGUCGGAGGGGGGCGGCGUCCUCGACAGGUACCGCGCCCUCCCGCCGGAGAAGCGCGCGCGGCACACGCACCGGAGCUACCUCGAGGCCCAGCUGGGCAAGGAGAGUGCGACGCUCGCCAGGGCGCGGCAAGGCGCCUGCCACGGCGUGCUCCCGGACUGGGACCGGGCGCUGAACGACAUGACGCGCGAGGAGGCGCUGGAGGUGCUCGGGGCGAUCGACGCUCAGCUGCGGGCCACGGGCGACAGGAUGGCGGCUCUGGGCUUGCCGCUCGCGCCGGCGCCGGAAGAUGACGAUGCUUCCGAGGACGCCGUCAUCGCAUCGCAGCAGCUCGUGGACAUGGACUAUGCCGGCUUCCAGCCGCAGAUGAUGCCAUGCCAUGGGGAAAACUUCAACCACGUCCCCGGCGAAGGCCUACUCGAGCAAUUCAUGAUGCAGCCGGGGUACGGCACCGAGUGCGCCAACGACGGCAACUACGACGCGGGCGCCGUCUACGACAUGGAGGCGCCGGCCGGCUACGGCGACAAUGCUGGUUGCGUCUGGCCCGACUUGACCAUGUCCUACGCCGCCGACGAGUCGUGGGACGCGGUCAUGCCAGUUGGGUACUACCCCGACUUCGCCAACGACGGCAGUCUGGCGCCUGAGCACUACUACGCUCAGGACGUCACCGGUGGGGCUUACGCCAGCACGCUACAGCUCGAGUACCCCAUGGGCAUGAAUGGUAACUUCGCUUACCUCGACAUGGACAACAGUUACGCGUCAUCGGCGCAUUGGCAGGCCGAGGAAUUCCAGAGCUGCGACAUCGGCACCGGCCAUUACCUGUAUCACUGCUAG